AACUAAAGAACCAAGGGGGGUAAGUGGGUAAUACAUGAGAUGAGAUGAGAAACAAACAAAAACAAAUGGACUCGCUCAAAUGUUAGUGUCGUGUGAAACCAACAAAAGUGACUGCCCAUCCACAACCCUAAAAACCCAACCCAACCACUUUCUUAUAUCCCCCACAUUUUCUUCUCUCCUCCUCCCUAAAUCUCUGAUCCUCCCUUUAAAAUCUUGCUCUCGACUCUUCUCUGUUGCAUUUUGAUGUUGAAGAAGAACUCCUGUCCAUCGCCCAAGCUAGCUAGCUAGCUAUAUAGUGUAUAGUUGGUGGCCAUGGAAGAAGCCUGUGGUGGCGGCGGCGGUGGAUCUUGCAGUGAUGUUGAUGCUAGGACUUGUCCGCGUGGCCACUGGAGACCCGCCGAGGAUGAAAAACUCCGGCGGCUUGUGGAGCAAUAUGGUCCUCAGAACUGGAAUUCUAUUGCUGAGAAGCUCCAAGGACGAUCGGGAAAAAGUUGCAGAUUGAGGUGGUUCAACCAACUUGAUCCAAGAAUCAACAGAAUGCCAUUCACAGAGGAAGAGGAAGAAAGGCUCCUUGCAGCUCAUCGCAUACAUGGAAACAAGUGGGCUUUGAUCUCCAGGCUCUUCCCGGGUCGAACCGACAAUGCCGUGAAGAACCACUGGCAUGUCAUCAUGGCGAGGAAAGAAAGAGAGAAAUCCAACUCCAAGCUAUGCGGCGGGAAGAGAAGUUUCCAAUUCUCUCUCGGCGAUCACGCCACCAAUGCCCCUUCUUACGACUUCCGGAGACGGAACGCCAGUCCCGCGGAGAAUCACAGGUUGAAAAACGUGUUCCAGAGUUUCGGAUUCGUCGAGUUCCAGACUCCGAAUGAAGAAAGCGCAUCUACUUCUUGGACAUUUACUAGACCGCCCGAUUCGGGUGCGAAACAUCCGUCCAGAACGGACUCGUUACGACGAGAAUUAGGGGGAGAUUGCUUGAACCCCAGUACGUAUUACUGCUCCAAAGAGAGAUCAAAUAGUUUUAGCCAACCUCUUUGGAGAUACAAUUUGAAGGAUUCUGCGCACGCAGGGUUCCGCGACUUUGGUCCAUUAGGGUUCCAAAAGUGCAAGAGAGUUAACGUUCCAAGUUCAUUAGGGUACUCUAAAUUACUCAGCGGCGGCGGCAGCGGCGGUGAUGCAACAAAUGGAGUGAUGAUCAAGAAAGAUUUGGUUAGGUUUGGUGAUAAUCCACACUGCCCAUUUGAAAAGAUGAGAGCAGCUAUUUAUGAGAAAAAGGAUGGAGAUGAAUCUAUCAAGCACAAGGAUGUUCCAUUCAUAGAUUUUCUUGGUGUGGGAAUCUCUUCUUGAUUAAGUUUUUCCAAUAAUAUUUAUCUUAGUAACAUAUACAUUAGUAUGUAUAUGCAUAUUUUCCCCUUAUUUCCCUUUGUAGUUUUACAUCUGAAUUUUAUGAUGCAUGCAUGGGAAUGCCAUGCAAAAUAUGAUUAUGUAUUAGGGUUAGGGAUUGGUUUAGCUGUUAUUGUAAUAACUAGGAUUUCAAAAUAUAUACUAUACCAUAUACACCAUAGACAUGUGUUGAAGAACUAUCUAGUGGCAUGAGUUUACAGAUAAUGAAGAAGGUGGGGUAAUGGAUUCUUAGUUUUUGUAGGUUUGAGAUAUUGAAAUUUUCAAGAGCAGGAAUCUUAUGAUAUAUUGGGAAUUCUUUAUGA